UGUAUGUGUUCUCCACGACCCCAUACGGCAAUACCAUGCACGUACUAUUUGUAGGAAAUAUCCUCUGUAUGGCACGGUAUGACGAAGCCCACAAGCUAUGUUCUAGCAAGCCACUACAGUAUAACUGAUUAUCAGUAACUGGUGGUGUGUUACGUGGGGGGUUGCCUUGAUUAAUCCCUGUUCCAUUCGCAUCAGAAGAGUUUGUGCCAUUAUGGUGCGAGGUUGUUAUAAACGGUUGGCGUUGUUGGUGGUGCUCUGUAUCGUUGGUGUCUCAGCUCGCAGUACAGGCGAACCAUGGCCAUGCAUUGCGGAUGACGGUAGCGAUGGUUAUUGGCCUCCAGGAUGUUCACAUGCCGCGAUUGAGCCACGAUCUGGUGGAAGUGACGAGAAUUGUACCUGUAUCUCCAAAAGGUCCGCCAAGGCACCAAAAGCCCAAAUUCACUCGUCAUGUACUGCGGACGAUGGUAGCCGUGGUUUUUGGCCAACAGGGUGCCACCAUACGGCGAUAGUGCCCAAGUUUGGUUGUUCCUGUGUUAAGCUGGCAGAGUGCAGAAAUAAUUCCCACUAUUGUGUAUAUCAGGCAGAUUGUGCUGUUCCCACCUCCAAUUUGCGAAACGAUAACUGUCCAUUAAAGGAACUUAAAUGUUGUCCAAAGCCAUCCACCAGGGAAGAGAUAACACCGUACAUCGGUGAUUUGGCAAUGAUCUUUACUGAAGACACUGGCGACUAUAAAGGUGUAGCAGAUCCGCAACGGACGGUGAACAAGAAUCCAAGUGGCGCAGAGGCGAAUUCACCGGAGAGAGGUGUGACCCCUGGAACACCGGUGGAUCCUACUACAGACCCCGAAGAUAUAGAGGAGCCAGAAGCAUCGUCGACGGAUAGCGUAUUACCAGCUUCGAUAACCACCACUACCGAAGAUCCUUUUAAAGUGGCAUCACCAUCGCCGACGAAUAAUCAAACACCAGCUUCGAUAACCACCACUACCGAAAAUCCGGAGAAGAAACCAUUACCGCCGGUUAAUCCAACUGGGAAUGUGGUACCGGUAGUAGUCGAUACGACUCCUGCGAGUAACAUUACGGCAAGUGACAUUGCCCCGCUGAGUGAGAGUUUCGUUUUCACAGCCUGUGGUCAGAGAGUAAAGGAUGGAUUGGUACCGCAGAAAAUGCGAGAUCAACAAGACCGUGCUGAGUACGGUGAGAUACCGUGGAUGGCAGCCAUUUUUCAGAUGCCCACCAAUGAUAACGGCUCGGAAAACUCCCGCUACUGUUGCAACGGAGCAUUGAUCAGCCAACGUGCCGUGUUGACUACAGCACACUGUGUAAGCAUCUGUGGUGGAAACGUUAACAAAAUCAUGGUGCGACUUGGAGAGUGGGAUCUGAACGUAACGAUCGAAGUGAUUCCACCGAAGCAGGUACGAGUACGGAAAGCUCACAAACAUAAGGAUUUUGUUAUUCAUUCUCUGAUCAACAAUAUCGCUGUGUUGGAGCUGGCCAGCGAUGUGCAGUACGGACCAACCGUUCAACCCGUGUGCCUACCAGAGAAGGACUAUCCUUCCCUCAGCAGUCGAGAAAUCCUGAUCUUUACCGGUUGGGGUAAAACUGUUAUGAACACACCAUCGAGUAAUGGUCACAAUUUCCUUAAAAAGGUUAUACUGCGUAAUAAUGAACAAAGCAUCUGCAAGGAAGAGAUGAAAUCGUACGAUUCGUCGCAUCGUUUUGAACUUCACCCAAGUUUCGUGUGUGCUACCCAGGUGCAUGAGGAGCAACCGUGUCGGGGCGAUGCAGGAGCUCCUGUGGUAGUAGAAGUGCCUUAUUCGGAGAAUCGCUACUAUAUCCAUGGUUUAGUCUCGUGGGGUUACGAUUGCAGUCGGCCGGAUCGUCCGAACACAGCCUUAACUAAUGUACGAGGAUUUCGGGUGUGGAUUAAACAAACUCUUGCUAACAUAACCAAGGCAUCUAACUAAGCAGUAAAGUGAAGUGUAAAAUGAUAACAGAAUAGUGCUUCGAUUAUGAGCUUGUAAUAAACUAUUCGUUUGGUCGGCUAUUCGCUGACAGCGAAAG